UUGCCUGUGAGCGCCUUAUCAGUGUGUGUGUUUGACUGUAUUACACGCUUCUGCUUAGUUUGACUUUUCUGGGGAGAAGACGCAGAGGAUAAUAGGAAUGAUGGGGGCAUCUCUGCCUGUGCGCGGGCAGGAGUGCCCUGGCCGACAGGCCGAUUGUUAGCCAUGCUGCGACAGCAAGAACCCACGGUCAGCACCCUGCAUCUGGUGGCUAAUGAUAUGACAGAUAUCAUGGAGAACUUGGACACACGAGAACUCGACAUUGGAGAUGGGGAAGAAGAGUUUGACGGCCAGGACCCCAAUAGUGCAGAAAACCGCAUCCCCUUCUCAGCCGUGUAUAAAACAAUAGGCUUUAAAGAGCCCGGGGCACAUGUGUUUCUUACUGCGCUUCCCAUCACCGCCAAAAUCCUGGAGGUGGAACGCUUCACUUCUGCCCAGGAUCGCUUCAACAUCACCUCCCAGAGAAGCGUCUCUAAGUCACUUCCUGCAGUGUUUAAGAUAGAAAUGAGACAUGGAAACUUCACCUGGUUGAUAAAGAGGAAGGAGAAACAUUUUAUGGAGCUUCACAGGGAACUACGCACCUACAAGACCUUCCUGAGAAUUCCACUGCCGUCCCGCAGUCAUGCAGAGCGGAGGCACACUAUUAACAGGAACCUUGAACGGAACAUGCCAAGUCUACCCCGGGGAGGAGGCGAAGAACUGGCCAGGGAAGAGCAAGUCUCCAGUCGAAAAAGACAACUUGAAGACUACUUGAAUAAGCUGCUUAAAAUGCCAUUGUAUAGAAACUACCAUGCAACAAUGGAAUUCAUUGAUGUGAGUCAGCUGUCCUUCAUUCAUGAUUUGGGACCAAAAGGCUUGGAGGGCAUUGUUCUCAAAAGGUCAGGGGGUCACCGUAUUCCUGGACUGAACUGCUGUGGCCACAGCAAAAUGUGCUACCGCUGGUCCAAACGGUGGAUGGUGGUGAAGGACUCUUUCCUUGUCCUCAUGAAGCCAGACUCAGGUGCCAUCUCAUUCGUCCUGCUAGUGGAUAAGGCUUUCGGCAUCAAAAUGGACACUAAAGACACUGAAACGAAGCAUGGUGUCCGCAUAGACAGUCUGUCCAGGACUCUGGUGCUGAAGUUCACAAGUUACCGUCACGCCCGCUGGUGGGGGCAGGCCAUCGAUGAUUUUGUGCGCAAAUACGGCAGCAAUUUCCUUAAGGGUCACCGCUUUGGUUCCUUUGCCAAUGAACAGAAGAACAUCCCAUCUAAAUGGUAUGUGAAUGGGAAGCAGUACAUGGAGGACGUGGCGAAUGCACUGGAGGAGGCGGAGGAGGAGAUCUUUAUCACCGACUGGUGGCUGAGCCCUGAGAUCUUCCUCAAGAGGCCUGUCGUCGAGGGCAACCGCUGGAGACUCGAUUCCAUUUUGAAACGGAAAGCGCAAAAAGGUGUGCGGAUCUUUGUGAUGUUGUACAAGGAGGUGGAAUUGGCUCUCGGCAUAAACAGCGAAUACAGCAAACGGACACUACACCAACUUCACCCAAAUAUCAAGGUGAUGAGGCAUCCUGAUCACGUCUCCUCUUCCGUGUACCUGUGGGCGCAUCAUGAGAAGAUUGUAGUCAUUGACCAAUCGGUGGCUUUCGUGGGAGGCAUUGAUCUGGCAUACGGGCGCUGGGAUGAUCUGGAGCAUCGGCUGACCGACAUAGGAAGUGUUACCAGGACUCUUCCUGUGUCUGCAGAGAAAGCUUCUGAAGGCUCUCCUGCUAUGGCCUCUCAAUCAAAUGGACCCAGCAUGGUGCACACUAAUGGCAAAAGUUUGCCUGUUGACACAGCGGACCAGCCGAAACUAAAAGGACAGGGGAAGACCAAGAAGGCCCGAUUCAGCAUCCGCAGGCACCUGCAGAAACACGGGCUGGCGCCUGCAGACAGCGUGAGCAGCGUCGAGAGCUCUGAAGAAAAUACUGAAGCGGCACAGGAGCUGCAAGCAGACGUGAUUGGUCUGAUGGGGAACACGCGGUUCUGGCAUGGCAAAGAUUAUUGCAACUUUGUUCAUAAGGACUGGGUCCAGUUGGAUAAACCUUUUGAUGAUUUCAUCGACAGGCACAUAACUCCCAGAAUGCCUUGGCAUGACAUCGCCUCGGUGGUUCAUGGGAAAGCUGCCAGAGAUGUUGCACGGCACUUUAUUCAGCGCUGGAAUUUCACAAAGAUCAUGAAGCCCAAAUACAGGUCCUUGUCGUACCCAUACCUCCUUCCUAAAUCUCACACUACUGCAAAUGAGAUCAAGUAUCAGGUCCCUGGCUGCACCCAGACUAAUGUCCAGCUGUUGCGAUCUGCCUCGGACUGGUCAGCGGGAAUAAAAUACCAUGAGGAGUCGAUUCAUACGGCUUACGUCAAUGCAAUUGAAAACAGCAAACACUAUAUUUACAUAGAGAACCAGUUUUUCAUAAGCUGCGCGGACAACAAAGUCGUUCACAAUAAAAUCGGAGAUGCCAUUGCCAAGAGGAUCAUAAAAGCAUAUCGGGAUGGUAAAAAGUACCGCGUGUAUGUGGUGACACCACUGCUUCCUGGGUUUGAGGGGAACAUCAACACUGGAGGAGGCAGUGCCAUACAGGCAGUCAUGCACUUCAAUUACAGGACCAUGAUUAGGGGAGACUGCUCCAUUAUCUCUCAGCUGAAGAAAGAAGGUGAGUACAGAGAUAUAUAAAUACCCAUAAAUGUUUAAUCUGUGAAGGCUAUAUGUGUCAUUCUUCAGAGGAUCUGGCUUGUACACUAACCAGAUGUUCUUCAUGGGAUUUCUGUGAAGAUUCUGUGGUUGACCCAUGCAGUUCAGGCACUCCGAGA